GCCUUUUGGGCAGAAGUCAUGGCUGCUGCUCCGGAAAGCAUCCUCCAGGCUCUCUGCGAGGAAUCCACAUGCUCCAUUUGCCUGGACUAUUUCAGGGAUCCUGUGAGCAUUACCGAGUGUGGGCACAAUUUCUGCCGAGCCUGCCUGAGCCAGAGCAGGGGAGAAUCAGGUGCACAGGCCACCUGCCCCCAGUGCAGAGGGACCUUCCAGAAGAGGAACCUCCGGCCCAAUUGGCAGCUGGCCAGUAUUGUGGAAAUCGCCAGGGUAUUACCAGGGCAGGGUGUCAGAGGGGCCAAAGGGGCCGAAGGGAAGGGGCGAGCCUGCGGGAGGCACCAGGAACCCCUGAAACUCUUCUGCAGGGACCACGAAGCCCCCAUCUGCCUGGUGUGUGACAGAGCCAAGGAGCACAAGGAUCACCAGGUGGUUCCCCUGGAGGAGGCAUCCCAGGAGUACCAGGAUCUGCUGCAGCGUCGCCUGGAGAGUCUGAGGGAUGAGAGAGGAAGGAUUUUGGCAUGUAAAGCAGAGGCAGAAAGGGAGAAGCAGGUGCUGCUCGAGCAAACAAAGGCAGAGCGGGAGGGGACGGUGGCUCAGUUCAGGCGACUGCAUCAGUUCCUGGAAGAGCAAGAGAAGCAUGUCCUGGCCCAGGUGGACAAGCUGCUGGAGGCGAUUGCCAGGAAAGCGGAGGACCACCUGGCCUGGCUUUCCAAGAAACUCUUUUCCCUUGAAGGCCUCAUGCGGGAGGUGGAGGAGAAGAGCCGGCAGCUGGCAGCUGAACUCCUGCAGGAUGUGAGAAGCACCUUGCAGAGGUGAGUGCGUCCCCCUCGUUUCCACUGGUGCAGGGAAGGGUCUGGACGGCACUGGGAGGACUGGCUGCUCCCGGCUCCUUAGCAGAGAACACAGAUCACCAGCGUCUUGCAAAACAAAAACAGGAUCUGGCUGCUGAGGUUGGAACGCUCCUUCUCCUUCCCCUCCCUCACACACGGCAGA